UUUUGCGCGUCUAACACUGCCGCCAUCGGGAAAAAGAAAAGGAGACAUCACUUGUUUUUGUUUUUUUCUCCUUCUCUUUUUUAAAGAGUGUGGAUGUGUGGGUGUCCGGAGAUGGAAGGCUAUGAGGAGUUCUGUCUGCGGAGCUUGGCCGUAUUGCAGGAGGAGGGGACACGCAAGAAGACGACAUGUGAGCCACGGUGGUCCCUGAAGGCUCUCUCUGUCAUCCGCUUCCACGGGAGAGCUGUGCUUUCGCCUCUGUUGAGUGCAGAGCAGCGCAGUGAGAUGUGGGAACACAGACAGAAGGCGGUGCAGCUCGAGGUGGACAUGCAAAACAUGCAAAAGAACAACCUUAUGACCCGGGUUAAGGGGAUACUGGACCUGGCUCUGGCACAUAAAGUACCAAGUGAAGAUGUUGAAAAGCUGCCAGUUUAUCAAUCGGCAUCAGUCACUGGCUACAUCCUGGUCACCGACUCUCCUGGACUUCCCAGAGACCCUGGAUUUGGGCUUCAGACAAAUAAACAGCCAUGCUCUGAGACCCCCAUCCUCAACGGCUACAAGGCAGUGGAUGAAGUGAUGGUUGAGAAGGAAGAGAAGAGUGAAGAGGAAGAGGAAGAUGAGGAUAUUAGUUUGGACAGCCUUCUUAAGAGAUCAAGGGAGUAUGUGAAGAGAGAGCAGACCCAGCAGGAGUCAAACGUUGUCCACACAGUGACCAGGACUCCCCCACCGGAGACUAUCUGUGAUCAGGAGAGGAAGAGCUGCAGUCCCAUGGGGGACACAGGUUUUGAGUUUGGAUUCAGUCUGCACCAUAGCCCUAUUUGCCAACCUCAAACCCAAAUCCAGUAUCAGACUCUAUGCGACCCGAGUCCCCAACAGUCUGGCGGCCUCUCACCUAGUCUACCCGACCGGUAUGCUCGUCUCCCCAGUCCCCAGUCCAGCAUUACCCCCCGUGCUCAAAAACGCAAACCACGUCCAUUUUCUACAGGGAACAUCCAUAUAUCAUUUCCCAUCGGCCCAGCAGACCUUAUACCCCGAAGUCCGGUGAGGUCAGGGAAAGGUGCUGGUAUGGCAGAUUGGGGAGAAUCUCUCUCAGGGGCCGUGAUGUCCCCCAGUCACAGGGGCUCAGUGGGGAGUGAAAGUGGUGGUGGUGUUAGCAGUGGCAAUCGUCGAUCCAGCCACUGUGGAACCAGUCCAUUGCAGGAGCCGUGUAGUCCCAUUAGUGCCUCCGGGUUUAGCCCAAAGGGACACCUUGACCAUCUAGCUGUAGGAUUUCGCCGGCGCUGCCACACGUUGGACAGCCAGCUGCAUAACUGCCACUCUGGAGUUGAGCACAUAGACCGCACCCAGGAAAGGGUUCCUCGCUUCAUGGCAGGAGUUACAUGCAUGGCUCCGAUUUGGCGCACGCCGGCAGUGCCCUUAAACCAGUCGUGUGAGGUAGAUACCCCCUCAUCAUCUCUGCUGAGGCCCUGCAUGACUUCUGACUCGGCUCAGGUCACACUCAGAAUGGAGCCUGAUGACCCUCACGGGACAAACAAUGGAAGGAUCACACCAGCUGACCUCAGAAAUGCAGCUGAGGCACAAGUCUACAAGACAGAGGAGACCCAGAGGCGAGCACUGGGGGACAUGCAAAGGCAUCUGGAGGAGGAGCAUGCCUUGCAGAUGUCUCUUCUCCUGGCUGAGCAGGAGAAAGAGCAACAGCACCUCUGUCUGGAGCUCGAGGAGACAGAUAGGAGACUGAAGGAGCAGGGGUGUGUGCGGCCUUUGAGCGGGGAUGCUUGUGGGUGGAAUUGUCGGUCUGUAAGUGACAGCCGUCCUGUUGCGAGCCCUUCCUGCCCAGGACUGAGCCUUGUGCACACACCAUCGGAGCCAUCACCUAGACACAGUAUAGGUUUUCCCAGUCCUGUAAGUUCCAGUGUGUCCUCUCCCUCUGUCCAGCCUCCCGUUUAUCUGUGGGGACCCACGUGGGCAGUUAGCAAACCUCGAGCGAGGCUAAGUCUGGUUACGACAGCAGAGCAGCAGAGAGCCUUCUGUCGAAUCGGCGCCAUCAUUCGCGGCUUCCUCACUCGCAGGCUGCUCAAAACUGAGAAGGUCAAACACCUGCGGCAGACCAUCAAGGAUACACAGGAGUUCAUCCGUUCAUUCCAGACUGAAGCUCCACAGAAGAGGGGCACCUGCUCAGCACAAGAUCGCUCCCUGCAGGAGAGAGUUAGAGCCCAGGUAAGACUGUGUAGUAACUGUCUCGAGACAGCAGAGGUCCAUCUUACUUUGUGUUCAUGUGUGCAUCUUUUGUCCCUCAGUUACGUGCAGCCCUUUAUGACAUCCAUGAUAUCUUCUUUGAAAUGCCUCUAUGGGAUCGAUUGCCAUUGCUGCAGCAGGACAGGGAGCUCCGAGCGGAGAGGAAGCUGCGAGACUUGGAGAAAGCCAAGGGCCCCAAGGAGAGAGUUGUUCUGUCUGCUG